AGGUCAGGCACGAACACUUUAGAAAGAAUUGGAGAGAAGAGAGAGAAAGAGGAGAGAGAAAGAGAGAAGUUUCACUCCAUUUCAAUGGCGGUUAGGGUUUUGAAUUGAUCCCAAUUUUAUACCCAAAAAACCUCAAAUACUUCAUAUUCAAUCUCUUCCUUUCUUUCCCCCUUUUUUUAGCUACUCAAAAACCCUAAUUUCAAUCGUUCUCCGGUAAACAGCAGGCUCAGUGAAGUUUGUGUUCUAGAAGUUUCUAUGGGUGCUCAAGAGAAGUCAUCAAACUCUAAUAAUCCGAUGCAGCGUGUAAAGGUCUAUCGCCUGAAUGACGAUGGGAAAUGGGAUGAUCAAGGAACAGGUCAUGUUACUGUAGAUUAUAUAGAGAGAUCAGAAGAUCUAGGAUUGCUUGUAGCUGAUGAAGAAGAUCAUGAGACUUUGCUCCUGCACCGUAUCAGUGCAGAUGAUAUCUAUCGGAAGCAAGAAGAUACAAUUAUAUCUUGGAGGGAUUCGGAGUAUUCAACUGAACUAGCUCUUAGCUUUCAAGAGACGACUGGUUGCUCCUAUAUAUGGGACCAUAUAUGUAGCGUGCAAAGGAACAUGCACUUCAGUAGUCUUAACAAUGAGACAUUUCAUAGUAUCAACAGUGAUUUGAAGGAGUUGCCCCCUGUUGAGCUUUCUACGCUUCCCUUGAUAUUAAAGACAGUUGUAGAGAGUGGCAUUGCUGAUCAGUUGCGUGUUACCGAACUAAUAUUGCACGAUCAAGAUUUUUUCCGUAAGCUGAUGGAUUUAUUUAGGAUCUCCGAAGAUCUGGAGAACAUUGAGAAUCUUCACAUUAUUUUCAAAAUAGUGAGAGGAAUCAUGCUGCUCAAUAGCACUCAGAUCUUUGAAAAAAUAUUUGGUGAUGAGCUGAUAAUAGAUAUUAUUGGGUGUCUUGAAUAUGAUCCAGAUGCUCCUCGUGUUCACCAUCGAAAUUUUCUCAAAGAGCAUGUGGUCUUUAAGGAGGCUAUAUCUAUUAAAGAUCCGAUAGUCCUUUCAAAGAUACAUCAAACAUACCGAGUUGGCUAUCUUAAGGAUGCCAUUUUGCCUCGAGUGUUGGAUGAUGCCAUAGUUGCAAACCUUAAUUCCAUAAUCCAUUCAAACAAUGCAGUUGUUGUAUCUCUCUUAAAAGAUGAUAGCACCUUCAUUCAGGAUUUGCUUGGAAAGUUGAAGUUACCUACUACAUCUGCGGAGUCGAAGAAAAAAUUGGUGCACUUUUUGCAUGAGUUUUGUACUUUGAGUAAGAGUUUGCAGGUGGUCCAGCAACAUCGUCUAUUUAGGGAUCUUGUCAACGAAGGCAUAUUCGAUAUCAUAGCUGAUGUUUUGGAGAGCCAAGACAAAAAGCUAGUCCUGACGGGGACAGACAUCCUUAUUCUUUUCUUGAAUCAAGAUCCAAAUCUUCUGCGGUCUUAUGUAAUUCGUCAGGAAGGUCUUGCUCUGUUUGGGCUGCUGGUCAAAGGUAUGCUAACAGAUUUUGAGGAUGAUAUGCACUGCCAGUUUCUUGAAAUUCUGCGCAGUCUCUUGGAUUCAUAUGCAUCAGGAUCACAGAGAGAGACCAUUGUUGAAAUCUUCUACGAGAAGCACCUAAGUCAACUCAUUGAUGUUAUAACAUCAUCCUGCCCGACGGAUGGUAUCACACAAACCGUCAGUAACUCUGAGAGCUCCGAUGGAGGAACUGGAAAGCAAAAUAGUUUCAAACCUGAAAUACUACUAAAUAUUUGUGAUCUCCUAUGUUUUUGUAUCGUGCACCAUCCUUACAGAAUAAAGUGCAACUUUCUUCUUAAUGAUGUGAUAGAUAAUGUUCUGUUUCUGACACGAAGAAAAGAGAAGUACUUGGUAGUUGCUGCUGUUAGAUUUAUGAGAACUCUUAUUUCCCGCAAUGAUGAGCAUUUGAUGAACUACAUAGCAAAGCACAAUCUCCUAAAACCAGUUGUUGAUGUCUUUGUUGCUAAUGGAGAUCGCUACAAUCUUCUAAACUCAGCUGUUCUUGAACUGUUUGAGCAUAUUCGUAAGGAUAACAUGAAGAUAUUGCUCAAGUAUUUAGUCGACUCAUUCUGGGAUGAACUGGUCAAGUUUGAAAAGUUGACAUCUAUCCACUCUUUGAAAAUUAAAUAUGAACAGUCCCUAGAUUGUUCAGGAACGAGAAGUGUCGGCAAUCUAUUAGACGACCCUAGGAAACGAGUUGAUGACCGUGGUUUAGAAAAAGAAGAAGAAGAAUAUUUCAAUGAAGACAGUGACGAGGAAGAUUCUGCCUCUGCAUCCGUGACUAAUGCAAGUAGAGCACAGUCUCAGCCGGCCUUGCCUAAUGGAUCUGCUCCAAGCGUCUCACCUGUGAGAUCUGGGGGGCUUGUUGAUUAUGAUGAUGAUGAGGAUGAUGAAGAUUAUAAGCCACCACCUAGGAAGCAAUCAGAUAACUUUGAUGAAGAUGGGUCAGUGGAGUCUUUCCCGUUGAAACGUAAGCUAUCACAGAAAGAAGAGCCAGAGCCAAAAAGGUUGCAGCGAAUUGCUAAAGGUUCAAAGUCUCGAGACAGUGUUUUUGCUGCUUUAUGCUCAACCUUAAGUCAAGCAGUUUUACCCUCAAAAAAGAUGGGUAGUACAGCACAAGAUGGUCCAUGCUCAGAUGGAGACGAGAAAUCUGUCGAGUCCAACCAUGAUGAGAAAGGGAAUUCUACUGAUAAUGGGAGUUCUGAUUUGGAUAAUCAUGGCCACCGUGAACCAAAUGGUCCUAAAAGUUAUUCUGAAAGCAUGCACAGUUCUCCUGAUAAUAGGCAGGGAGGAGACGACUAUCCAUUAAUACCUCCAAAAUCAUCGCCUGAAAUGGCUGUAAAUGGAUCAUGACUCCUCUUUUGAGAUCAUCAUGUCAAUUUGACUCCUACCGUGAUCUACAAGAUAUUGCUUGAGCAUGUGCUUGCUUCAAAUGAGCCCUCUGUACAACUUCGACAUGAGUGAUGAUCUAACAGGCAAUUUGAUUGUUGAAUUUCAUAACUAUUGGUGGAUUGGAGUCUGUACAGUGUUGUUGCAAGCGAGGGGAGAGAUUAGCCACCGUGUUGAGUUUUCUCUUUUGUUUAGCAUUUCCAAUUGCUCCUGUAAAACAUUACAUAGCUAUAGAAUUUUGGUUUCUCCUAUUCUUUGGUUUUAUCUCUACCCCCAACUCCAUCUUCACUUUCCCUAGUUAUGUGCACUUGUAUGCAAUGUAUAGGGCACCAACUUUUGCCCUUGAAAGGUUUAUUCUUCAAUUUAGAGAGAUCAAUGUUGCUUGAGGCCAA